AACCCUUUUAAACUUGCAAAUUAAAAAAGGACUAUAUAAUAAGCUGGAGUAACAAAUGUAUGAGUAGGUUGAUGUAUCUAAUAUUCAACGCUGGAGGGUUUCAUAGAUUCUGAGAGAGAAAAAAUUCAAGGUUUAUCAGAAAUAAGGGGAGAAUGUCUGGGGGUGCGAGAAGGGAUCAAAGAGGGCCAUCUCUGUCUCUUCCAAGCAGCAGCAGCAGUGCCAAUGAUGGCGUCAUAGCCAAAUUGAGUAACAGUGUGAGGCAGUCACUUGUCUUCCACAAGACGAAAAGGGCCGCCUCAAAUACUGGUCGUUUCAGCAAGAAAAUCUUCUGGAGCACAGGCAAGGCUGCAUGGAUUGCAGGUACUACUUUUCUGAUUUUGGUGGUUCCUCUUAUUAUUGAAAUGGAUCGAGAGCAGCAGUUCAACGAGCUUGAGAGCCAGCAAGCCAGCCUUUUGGGUGCCCCUCCCGCUCCCCAUCCUUGAUUUAGAAAUACCCAUGUCGAUUUUUCAUGGUGAAUCGAAGAUGGAUUUUUGGAAUUAGGGCUACCAGUGCCUUUUUUAUUGAGAAAGUUGCAUGGUUUAGGAUGGAAUAGGCCCCGCCUUUUUCUUCUAGGCAAUUUGGGACUUUGAUUAAGAAAAUGUUACGCUAUACCCAAUGCUGGAUAAACAAAAUAGUGUUAAUUUUCCCUAAAUUUUAUUAUAGCGUAGCAAAACAAUCUUUCUGAGAUUUAUAAGUGUACGGUGUGUGUCGUUAUGCCCCUAUUUUCGGUUUCCAGCAUUUCAGCUAUCCAUUUAUUUUUUCGUAUGCUUA